UCUCGCGCGCUCUCCUCUCGGCUCUCCUUUUGCUCUCUUGGCGAUCUCGUCUUUCUGCGAAGGUCGGAGCUGCUCUCCGACGAAAGGACAAAGCUUCGAGCGAUCGUCGGCUGGGAGUGAGCGUCCUCUCCUCCGAUUUAGGGGAGAAUUUAGAUUCUUGUCGUGGUGAUCUCAUUCCUUUACCUUUGCUUGAGGUUUCGUUUCGCUUCGCUCUCGAAAUUUUUUAGGGUUCAAGAUAUUGUUGAAUUUUGAUGAUUUGGCUUCGUUUUGAUUGAUAUAAUUGACAAUUUCGGUGACCAAAAAUCAGAAAAUUUGUUGUUCUCGGGGUUCUCUUUGAUCAAUUCUUCGUUAGGGGAGUGAGCGUCCUCUCCUCCGAUUUAGGGGAGAAUUUAGAUUCUUGUCGUGGUGAUCUCAUUCCUUUACCUUUGCUUGAGGUUUCGUUUCGCUUCGCUCUCGAAAUUUUUUAGGGUUCAAGAUAUUGUUGAAUUUUGAUGAUUUGGCUUCGUUUUGAUUGAUAUACUUGACAAUUUCGGUGACCAAAAAUCAGAAAAUUUGUUGUUCUCGGGGUUCUCUUUGAUCAAUUCUUCGUUAUCGAUCGUCUGGGUUUUCAAGUUUCUUUUGGGAAGUUCGAUCUUUCUGGUUUUCUUGAUCGUCUCUCGUCACCUCGGCGUUUCUCGUUCUGGUUUCGAUUCGCAAGAUGGCUUCUUCUCGUUCCAGGCGUGUGGAGUACGACCGCUUCAUCCCGUUCCGAUCGGCGAUGAACAUGGACUUCGCGCGCUGUGCUCUAACCAUGCCUUCCAGACCUCAGCGUGAUGGUUCGAUAGAAUCCCCAUCGAGUGUGGCGUACCAAAAACUUCUUCUUCAAUGUAUUUUUAAGAACAGAUCUCGCAUCUUCGCAUUCAAGAGUGCACCCGAAUCACCGGCCGACAAGGUGUCCCAAUUUGACGAGGACAAUCGACCGCACAAGAAGCAACAGAGGCGAAUCCCAAAAGAUGCAGAUAGGGUUUUGGCUGCUUAUGAUAUCUUAGAUGAUGAUAGGUUGAAUCUACUCGACUGGGGAAGCAAUAACGUGUUGGCGAUUGGCCUCAAUGACAAAGUGUGCCUAUGGAAUGCUGCGAAUAAGUCUAGUACAGAGUUUUCACGAGCCCUAGAAGACAACAGCCCUGUCACUAGCAUCAGCUGGUCCCCAGACGGCAAAGUUCUAGCUGUGGCAUUAGGCAAUUCAGAUUUAGAUCUGGUUGAUGCAGCAACAAGACGUGUGUUGGUUGGGAUCCAAGGUGACAGCCACUCCUUUGUUUGUUCACUUGCGUGGAGAAGUAAUGCAAUCUUGACGGUUGGGAGAUCCGAUGGUAGUAUUGUUGAUUAUGACAUUAGAAAAGAUGACCGGGCCAUCUGUGACUAUAGAGGGCAUCGACUAGAAGUUUGUAGUCUUAAAUGGUCCGAGUUGUUUGGGCGGUAUCUGGCAAGCGGAGGGAAGGACAAACUUGUGCACAUAUGGGACACCCGCAUGGCUGUUGCAAAUCACCAUCCGCGCCAACAUCAAUUGCUUCACAAGAUCAGCAACCACACUUCCACUGUGAGGGCCCUUGAUUGGUGCCCUACCAGGAGCAAUCUGCUGGCUUCUGGUGGAGGACGCAAUGAUCAUUGCAUUAAGUUUUGGAAUGCUGUUAAUGGUGUUUGCUUGAACUCGAUUGAUACCGGCUCUGAAGUUUGUGCGUUGUUGUGGGACAAGAACAAAUCUGAAUUGUUGACCUCCCAUGGGUUUCCAAACAAUCAACUCACCCUGUGGAAUUACACAUCCAUGAUGAGAAAAGCUGAGCUUUUUGGUCAUUCAUCUCGUGUUCUUUACUUGGCUGGGAGCCCAUUGGGAGGUGUAGUAGCUUCUGCAGCAGAAGAUGAGACACUCAAGUUCUGGAAUAUCUUUGAGACUCCCAAACCACCAAAACCUGAAGCAAACACUGUGCCCUUUGCCCAAUUUAGUUUCAUAAGAUGAUAAUGCUAAUGGUUGGAAAAGACUAUGAGAGUAAUACGGAAAACUUCUUUAGUGCUUGACAAGAAGAUCCAUUGUUGAUAGCGUUGCAUAGAGCAGUUUGUGGCAUCAAAGAGGCAACAUAUUUUCAUACAAGCAUCAUACAUUUAAGAUCUUCAAAUACGAGUGCAAGCGCCUAAGUUAAGAUUUUUCUUGCUGAUUAGCUGUUGCAUUGCAGCAGACUAGUAGCAAUCUUCAUGAGAUUGUUAGAGAAGCUUGCUAAGUUUCAUACAAAUGCUCACCAACUAAUGACAUGGCUACUGUUUCAGUAUUUUGAAUUAUGCUGUUGCAGUCAUCUAUCACGAGUUUCAGCAUCCACGUGCUGUAGUUUGAAUAUGCUACUUGCACAUUCUUUUUUUUGUUCAUUCAAGGACAAAGAGACCCGGAGCAUUGAUGCUUCACUUAUUAGAAUUUGAGAAUCAGGGACAAAGAUACCCAGAGCAAAGAUGCUUCACUUAUAGAAUUUGAGAAUCAGUACCUUCGACUAUGGAUUGGUUCAGACCAUAUAGUCCAACGCUAGUUUGUUUUGUUUUUUCUAUUAUCUUUUCAGCUUAAGGAGAUGGGUGGAAAUGGUAGCCUAACCAGAGGCGAAGAAGCUGCUGAUGCUAGCAAGGUAUCUGAUCAAUCAGCUGAAAGGACAAAAAGUUUGGUGGACUGGAUGAACUUGAUUAAACCUGCUAAUGGGGAGAAAGAUCACUGGGUUCUGGAUGAAGCUGUUAGCAAAUGCACAUCAUGUGGAUCAGAUUUUGGAGCUUUCAAUCGCAGGCAUCAUUGCAGGAAUUGUGGCGAUAAUUUAUGCGACAAGUGCACAAAGGGUAGAAUUGCUCUCACUGCAGAAGAAAAUGCUCAGCAAGUCCGAGUUUGUGAUAGAUGCAUGGCAGAAGUUUCUCAAAGGUUAAGCAAUGCAAAAGAAGCUGUCAGCAAACCUGCUGGUCUGCAAAGUCAUGAAGAUCUUGUGUGAAGGCUUCAGGAGGAAUUGAACAAGAAUCAUAAGUUGGGUACUUUACUGCUAUAUUGUAGAACAUUAUACUAUGUUUUCUGAUAUAACAUGUACUACUAUUGACUAAUUUAUGGUAGUACCUAUUUCAUAGGUUCAAAUUCUGAUGAGUCUUGGAAGCCAAUGAGGGAAGUAGCAUGUCCCAUCUGCACAGUCCACCUUCAGGUGCAAGUUCCUGCCUCAGGCUCCCAAACAAUCGAAUGUGGUGUCUGUCAACACCCUUUCUUGAUUGAUGCAGGUCGAGUCAGCCACAGCCCCACAUCGAGUCAAUAAACCGUGGCCGGUUUCAGGGAGAAGGAAGCAGGAAGAAAACUGGAGGUAGAAGGAGGCCUUCGAGAAAAAGGAAGAAAAGAAGAGGAGAAUAUGCAGGGUUUGUGGGCAGCAGCUACACAAUAGCCUGGAGAGGGUGAACACUUGGCAGUAGUUAUACAUAAAGCCCACCAUCGCCCUAUAAUUGGUCGCCUCCCUCUACCUGCAACCCUUGCAUGAGAGCCCACCAUUGCCGCUUGCAGCCCUCGUGCAAGGGCCUGCUGCUGCCACCUACAACUGUGGUCGCCCCACUUGGCCCGCAGCCCUCACGGGAGGGCUUGCCGCUAUCGCUUGUAGCCCUCGAGCGAGCCUCCAUUGUUGGCCGCGGAGGUUGCACCUUCAUCGUGGGUCCUGCGAGGGGGGGCGGUUGGUGCGGUGGAGGGGUCAAUUGGUACGGCGAAGGCAUGACUAGGGGCUAGGUGGAGGGUGGUGGUUGAUGGGAGUGGAAUGUUCAUUUUGACAAAAAGAGGUACUCUUUAUGGGUAUAGUGCACCUUUGUUUUUUUCUUUUUUUACUUCUGUUGCAAUAACCUAUAAUUCUAGAACUAAACCAUGAGCGAUACACCGAGUAUACAGGUUCAUCUGCUGAAAGGAUUUGGACUGCCAUGUACUAGGAUUAUUACCAGGAUUAUUUCCACAAAUCUAGUUAUAUGUUUUUUCUUUUGUUUCUUAUUUCUUGUCCAGACAUUUUGUUCAGUUAUUUUUGCAUUAAAUGCUGAAAUAAUUGGAGAUGAUAUGUUUGAUAUUAGUUACUGGUAAUUCUUUUGUGUUAUUGUUUUCCACAUGCUCAGCAUUGCUAGUUGCUUAGAUUAGGUGAUUCGACAAUGAGUUUACUAAGAAGCUUACAUUAAUUAAAUUUUUCUUUGGACAUACCAUGUGAAUGUAUACAGUUUCUUUUCAAAUCAAUUUAAGACUUGAUUUAGUGAUUUUUUACGACAAUCUAUGUUUUCGUUGUGUAACAUUGUUGAUCAACAUGCUGUUUGUAAAUUCUAGGUGAUAAAUUUUAUUUUGCAUUUGCUUUCUUAUCUCUAGCUCUCAUCAUCUUAAUUCCUUCUGAAGAACCGUGUUACGAGAAGAGACUGGUAUAAGAUUGAUCUCUGGGAUUCCAGUCCGCAUAGCUUCUGCAUAUCUCCUUGAAGCAUAUACAAAUUUGGUUACAGCAAGAAAUCCAUGCCCGGUGCUUUUCAGACAUGUAUUAUGGUUCAUCAUCAUAAGUCUGAAUGUACUGGAUCAAUCAGCAGAGUUAAUGGACAACCAUUAGAGGUUUCACGGAAACAAGGACUUCAUUGGGGAAGUUCUUUCUUUCCUUUCUCGGCCUUACCCUCGGUCAAAUGCAAUCAGAUUAUGCAAGGUAGAAAUGGCUGCCACGGAUGCAGAGAUUGUUUGGAACAUGCCAAAUACAACACUAGCAAUGAUGUGGAGUAUCUGAAAACAUAAAAAUAUUUGUGAGGCAGUUGCUCUACAAUCCUAGAUUUCUAUCUGCAUAUCCCACAGCUUUUGUUGAAGCAAAGCUCUGUCAAGUUGAACAACAGCAUGAGCUGAAUUAGCAGAUUCAAAAACAGCCCUGAAACUUUAUGUUCACAUUGUGAGCUUGAUUGUUUUUCUAAUUGUGUGGAUGUGCCUGUUAAAUUUAUGAAAUUUGUUUCCA